UCAGCAUCAAAGUUUGAGCAAAAAUAAGAAUGGCAAAAGGGAAGAUUCUUAGUUUAAUAAGGCUGAAGCUGGUCGUGUUGCUUAGUUUGUCAACACUUGCUCUUGGCUACCGCACUGGUGGUUUUCGUGCUUUCUACUUUGUGCAACAGUGGCUGGGAUCAUAUUGUAACCAAAGAGGGACAAGAUGUUGUUACCCACCAACGGGUAAGCCCAAACCAGAUUUUACAAUUUAUGGGCUUUGGCCUUAUUACAAUGACGGUAGCUUUCCCUACAAUUGUGGCGAUGACAAUUAUGAUGUCGGUCGGAUAAAGUACAUGGAAGGUAGACUACAAAAGUCAUGGCCGACUUUCACAUGCCCACAAAUAGGAAGAAAAUUUUGGGUACAUGAAUGGAAUAAGCAUGGUACUUGCACCAAAUCAAUCUUAGGUGAACUCAACUACUUUGAAGGUGCCUUAUAUCUCAAGAGCAAAGUUAACAUCUACCAAGCACUUGCAAAAGCCGGAAUUAGACCGGAUAAUAAUCGCCUUUACCCUCUAAAGUCCAUAAAAAAGGCGAUAGCUCGAGCUACAGGGUUUCACCCUUGGAUUGUAUGCAACACAAAUGCUCGAGGUCAUAAGCAAAUUUGGCAAGUCACUUUGUGUUCCGAUAAAACUGGCAAGAAACUCAUCAAAUGCCCUUAUCUUCCUAAAGGACGUGGUAAUUGUGACAAUAAAAUUCAAUUGCCUUCUUAUUAUUAAGGAUAAUAAUAAGAAUUAAUUAAUUUGUUUACUAUGUGA